AAUGAAACUUUACUGAAGUCGAUUGCGAUCCAGACACGACGAGUAGUUUUUGAAUAUACACAAGCAUAUAUUGAAUCUAGUGUGCCUAUACAAGAAAAUCUAUUUUUUCAAAACGUAACACUUAGUGCCAUGUGGAAAGAAAAAUCAUUUAGUAUAUUCUCUAUGAUCAAUAAUUUCUUUUAUAAGAAAAAUGUUCUAUACAACUCUAUUUUUGAGGAAGCGAUAAAAUUGUAUUCUAUCACUAAGAAUACAUCACGUGAUACAUUUAAUGAACAGUCCAUUCUUGAUAUUCUAUGGGAAAAUGUACGUGUUGUGCCGGCCAUACAUAAAAAUAUUCGUUUAGAGACUAUAAAUAUAAAAAAUGUGAUAACGUCUUGGAUAACACAACAUGGUUAUCCUGUAGUACAAGUAACACGAAACAAUGACGCACAGUCUCUCACAAUAAAAGUUAUAGACUGUAUCGCAGUGAAUCAAAAAGAAUUGUGUGAACACAAGUGGUGGAUACCUAUAAUUUAUGUAACAAUAUCAAAAAAUAAGUCUAUUACACACCAUUACUCGUACCUUGACCAAGAAAGAAAAGAUAUCGUUGUUUUGAAUAUUGAGGAAGAUGAUUUUAUCGUGAUCACAGACCAAAAUGGAUAUCGCGUUAACUAUGAUUAUAAAUUUUGGGAAAAGUUUGGUUUUCUUCUGAAAAAUGGAAAGCCACAAAAUUGGGAUAUAUAUGAAGUAUCUGACGUCACGUUAGCCCAAAUUCUCGACGAUGCCUUUUAUUUUUUAAUACAAAAUACAAAGUACAACAAACAUUCUGUUGCAGGAAUGAGUAGUAUAGACACAUUUUUCAAUCUUGCGGNCAAUGUACUUUACGUGNAAAAUGGGUACAUAACAUGGUAUCCAAUAUUUAAUGCUCUUCAAUAUGUAUCACAACUUUUUCCGUUUCCAGAAAGCGCAAAAAUCAAGGAUAGAGCACUAGAAAUUUUGAAUAAAUUUUUUGAAGAUACAUCACAUAUAAAUGUUUCCGAGAAUAGCAUUGAUACUCAAUUAUAUCACGAAACGUUAAAAUGGACAUGUAUUCUUAAUAGUUCAAAGUGCAACAAACACCUUACUGAUAUAUUAGAGUGGCAUUUACAAAGUCCUGCACAAAACAAACUGUUGGUAAGUUGGCAGAAAUGGAUAUAUUGCCAAGGUGUGACAUUAGGAAUUAUAAAUGAUUCCAUGUUGUUCCUUACAAUACAAGACAUUUACUUGUUACAAGAAAAGCAAAAUCACUUUUUUCACCUUUUAUCUUGUGGACACAAUUAUAGAUUAGCAGUGCGUUAUGCACAAGAACAUACUUUAGGAAAAAAAAGUGAUUUUGUUAGCAUUCUUUUCCAUAUUGUUGCAAGGCACGUAAAAAGGUUUUCUUUUCUGGAUGCUAUAUUAAGCCAAAUACAAAAUAAAUUCCUAAGACCGGUUGGCCUGCUUGCAGUUGUGAAUUUUAGUAUUAACCACAUAUAUUCAGAUGAAGAUUCCGAAAUGAUUACUAAGACUGUACGAGUGAUGGUUACAAAUUUGAUCAACAGAUAUAAUCUAGAAACGCCAACAUUUAUACACGACAUCAUUAUGAAAAAAAUUAUGAAGCGUCGAACAUUUAUAAAUAUAAGGAAAUUACUCAUAUGGGAUAUACCUUAUCUACUACAUUACUAAUCAAGUAACGAUGAUUUUUUCGAAAUGUUUUGUAUAGACAUUUGCUUUUUAAUUUAAAUAGAAAUUGAAAUCCAUGUAUUGCUUUUAAUACUAAAGUUAUUUUUGUAACCCAAGA